AGCACCCUCACGAGGCUAACUUGAAGCACUGUACCUGUUGUGGUCUGAAUUCAGCCGAGUUAACAUGAACAGGACAGGGGAGGAGAUAAUGCAAAGGAUUAACAGCAACAGGACAAUCAGACACCGGGCUUUAUGUGUAUAAUAACAUUAUUUUCUGAAGGGGACGGAUACUGGCCUGCUGCGGUGCUCAGAGUCUACAUCAGCCCCUUAGGGUAAGCAUUACUGCUUCACUUCAUCACACAGCACCACUGGAGCGGUAUCUGUGUAAAGAACCUUUUUGACUACUGCGGUGGCGGGCCAGGAGUACACAGCUCAGGAAGAUGGCGUCACCUUUUGUGCCUGUACCUGUGCCGAUGAACAGAGCCUUGUCAGGAGGUAGCACCAAGCUCAGGCGGCCACAGCGAGCUUCAUCACUCGGUAGCGUCUCCAACAUUUUGGCCGGGGAGGACCACGGAAAAGGAUUAGGUUCCCGCCGCCAAUCCGGCUGCAUGGACAGAGUCAGCCGGAGCAGGACACCACCACCCCUCCAGAGCCCUGUGACACGGGCCAGGGUUAACGGGACUCUGGAGCCCUCUAUAGAGUACUCUUGCUGUCCCCGCUCCAUAUCGGAUCCUGCUGGAAGUCAGCAAGACGAGGAGAGGCCUAUUACCCCAACUCUGCUGGGGUAUGAGGUCAUGGAGGAGAGGGCCAAGUUCACGGUAUUUAAAGUCCUGGUGAGGAAGACUCCAGAUGAGAGCUGGGUUGUUUUUCGAAGAUACACAGACUUUUCCAGACUCAACGACAAGCUGAAGGAGAUGUUCCCAGGCUUCCGCCUCUCGCUGCCUCCGAAGCGGUGGUUCAAGGACAACUAUGAAACCGACUUCCUGGAAGACAGACAGUUGGGACUACAGGCCUUUUUGCAAAACCUUGUUGCACACAAGGACAUUGCCAACUGCCAGGCAGUGAGAGAAUUUCUGUGUCUGGAUGACCCACCUGGGCCUUUUGAUAGUCUGGAGGAGAGCAGAGCAUUCUGUGAGACUCUGGAGGAGAGCAACUAUCGUCUCCAGAAGGAGCUGCUGGAGAAACAGAAGGAGAUCAUCUCCCUCAAGAGGAGGCUGGAGGAGAGGGAGAAAGCCCUCCUGCUACUGGAGAAGCAAGUCAAUGGUGAGUGUAUGAGUCCAGCCUCUGUGUGUGGUCUGUCAGCUCAGGGCAGUGACAGCAGUGCAGAUGCAGAUGUGGAGUCAUCUGCUGUAGAGGCUGAUCAGGAUGUGCCUGACGAUACUGGUGGCAUGUGUGAGGUCCAACCAGUGACGUCCUCUGCGUGUUGGUGUGGCCCGUCACUCAGCACUUCUCCUCCGGUCAUCCAGGUCACUCAGCUUUACCACCAGAAGCUGGAACAAUAACAGUUAACACUGGUCUUCCUCUUCUCCUUUUACACCCAUCUCCUCCUCCUCCCCUGCUAGACCACUUCACCUUCCUCAUGUUUUAGUGCUAUUCAAUACACUUAGUUUGUUUCUCUUUCUUUUGUUUACCUUACCAUUCCCUCCUCCCACCACAACUCCCAUUCCACCUUUCCACCUUCCAGAUUGUAGCCGCUAUUUUACCUUCAGUUGUUGGAGUUGGAUCUGAAGCAGCCUUUAUCUGUGAAUGAGUUCAGAGGGAACCAUUUUUUUUCUGCAACAGCCUGUUUCACUUAUAUUUCCCCCUUUACGAUCAUUUUAUCUUCCCGUACAGAUGAUUUAAUUCUGAAGACCUUGUGCAAUUUGUGAAAAAUUAUGAACUAUAUCUGGAAUUGCACGUGUGGGGAUUCUUAAUCCUCCUCGUUCACUUUUCAACCUUGUACCGCGGCCGCCAGAUUGGAUCAAUUUGAUCCCGCGGUUACGAAGCCAAAGUUUGGCUUCUUGACCAAAAAGAAAUAAGAUAACUUGAAGACAUUCACAACUGUGACAAUCUACAGUAAACCUGAAGCAUCAUCUCAUGCGAUUCUGCAGACGUGCAUUGCCUUAUGGCUCCCUACUUGUUACAAGAGACCCUCCUCUCAACCAGGGAAACAACACCCCCAUGUGGCUAUAUAAAUAAAGAAUUAAAAAAGUCUGGAUAAAUAAAAAGUCUCAGGAUACACAGGUAACCAGGUGGGUAUCACAGAGGAUUGAUAACUUUCUGUUUGCAAGUACUUGCAUGUCAUUGCUUUGUGCUGCCAUCGACUCUCAUUGAAGAAACCUCACUGUGUUUGCAUCUAAAGUCCGAGAUUCCCCCUUGUUUUAGUGCCAUGCGUGAUUUGUGAUAACCUUAAGUCCUGCAAGAGACCAUGAAAUCUGUAAUGUACUCUACUGAGAGAGAGAGAGAACCAAGAAAAUGUGGCCUAUUGUUGCUUUUUGAAUAAUGCAAUGUACAAUAUCAUGUCCUUUCCCUGACUCCUGCAUCAGUUUGCUUUUAGACAUUAUGACAAUAUAAGGCCAUAAAUAUUUACAACAUUAAACCUCUGGCACCUUGCCUGUUAAUAGAGUGCAGACAGAGCCUGGAUAUUGUAACAUGGGUAUAAUUUAAAGGGAUUAGUUCACCCACUUUACAAAAAACAUAUUUUUCUACUUAGCCCUACUGGUGUGUAACGAUGCACAAAGAUUUAUCUGCUGACGAUUUUAAGAUACCUACUUAAAUUUCUUCCUUUAUCUUGACACAAUUUGGGUGAAUGGGUUCUCUGUGGUGCUCAAAGCGUUGGAAAAUGACAUGAAAAACUCAGCAAUAAUCUACAGAUAAUCCACAGACGAGACGAGUUUUCAUCUAUUGAAGAAUAAUCCUUUUUGACGUGGCCGUCUGCGCUUAACAUGCUGAGUAACUGACCUUCGCUGUAUUUGGUUGGAAGCAAACAUUUCACAGCCAAAUAUCUCAAAAUCUCAGCACGCAAAACCAAAACUAUCCACAGGGCCAGAUACCGAGUGUAGGCGAGAAUGUUUUUUGCAGUUUGGGUGAACUAACCUUUUAAGAAACACUAUCGUUUAUUUAUUUUUAGAUGAACCUCAGCUUCAGUUAAGGAAUGCAGAAAGAAACCCCCACCAGUGGUGUUAUACAUACAUGAACACAAUCCAGAAGUUUUGACCUGUAAAUUCUGAAAACCUUCAUUUCAAUAACACAGCAGGGGUUUAGAUCAAGGCCAUUGAAAAUAAGACAAGGAACCAUAAUGCUACUAUUUCAGGAAGGACUGGGUCACGUUAGUGUUACCAGAGAAUACACCUCAUCAAAAGCCAUAUUAAACACUUGAGAGGAGGCUUCACAUGUGGUAGUGUGUGCGGACCGGUUUUGAGUAAAUUACGUGUAUAAUAACGACGCUUAAUGUUGAAUAGUCUGCAACUAGGCCUGGGAAAAGGUAAUGUGAUGCACUUUAUGGAUGAAUGGCAACCCAUAAUGUUUGUUUUUACUACUUUAUUUGUGUGUGACGGAAACGUGCCUUUUCAACCACUGAAUCUGUCUAAUAUGUUAAUAUGUCAUAUGUAGUUUUAUUUCACGUUUUCAGUUUGUUUCAUGUAAUUCUAAGUGCCUUGACCAUCUUUUCCCUAAUGGAACGUUUCCUUCGAUGUGUUUAAAUAGCUUUAUAGAUUUGUGUAGAACAUGAAACGUGUGUAGGAAUUUCAUCUGACGGAGAUAAUGAUUUAAAUGAAACUCUUGCGUGUAUGUCGUUGCUUGGAGUAGACUGAAGGGACGUGUUUUUGUAAUAUUACAUGAAUUAUUAUGAAGUCUUAGUUCACAUAUGCACCUAUAGUUGCACUAUCAAAUGCUUUACACCAUUAAUGUCCUGGAUUUAAAGGGAUAAUUCACCGAGACAUUUGGGCAGAAAUGAAAUCUGUAGAUACUGUAACACAUGCUAUAGCAGAGAUGUUUAUGAGAAAAAAUUCUUUAAUUCACACAAUUAAACGUGGAAUGAUCUAUUGAAUAAACAUUGUUUCCUCACUUUUAAA